AUGUCUACCGCCGAGCUCGCCUGCUCCUACGCCGCUCUCAUCCUUGCCGAUGACGGCAUUGAGGUCACCGCCGACAAGCUCCAGACCCUCCUGACUGCCGCUAAGAUCCAGGAGGUUGAGCCCAUCUGGACCUCCAUCUUCGCCAAGGCUCUCGAGGGCAAGGACAUCAAGGAUCUCCUGACCAACGUCGGCUCUGCUGGUCCCGCCGCUGCCGCUGGCCCCGCCGCCGCCGGUGGUGCCGCUGCCGCCGUUGACGCUCCCGCUGAGGAGAAGGAGGAGGAGAAGGAGGAGUCCGACGAGGACAUGGGCUUCGGUCUGUUCGACUAA